AUGGGCAGGUGCAGUGUAAUAAGCUGCCGGAUAAAAAACAAGAACGCACAUCAAAAUAUUACUUUGCAUAGAUUACCAAAGUGUGAGAAACAAAAAGAAAAGUGGCUGAAUAUAGUUGGUCUAGAAAAUCUCAACACCAAAACUAAACACAUUUUUAUUUGUUCGUUACAUUUUGAAGAAAAAUGUUUUAAUCGAACUUUAAAUGUUACAAGGCUGCGCGAUGAUGCUUUGCCUUCAAGCGAGUUGUUGUUAUCAGCCCAAUUUAACAAGUGUGAAGAACAAAAAUCCGUUUCUCACAUAAUACGAGAAGAGACGCCUGUCUGCAGCAUUUCUAGCUAUGUAAAUUUACCAGCCCCGUGUUACAGGAGUGAGAAGCAACAAACUGUUCCUCGCAAAAUAUUUGGAGUGAAACCUGUUUGCAGCACUUCUAACUUUAUUGAGGCAGAUGAACUGCUUCUUGUAAAAUAUUCAUUAUGA